AUGUCGGACGAUGGCAUCACGGGGGCGGGUUCUGCGUAUCGUGGCAACGUAAGCACCCGGUGCAAACCCGGCGCGGCUCUCAGGGUGCUGGAGAGCCGGCUCUGCCCCCCAUCGCGGAGCGGGGGGGUAGCAGGCCGGCUGGAUCCAACGCCGUGUGCUGGAAGAUCUGCCCCCUUCCACGCCAGAUCUGCCCCCGGGCCGUACUGCCUGUAUCCGCCCCCUUCCACGCCAGAUCCGCCCCCUUCCGCGCCAGAUCUGCCCCCCGGGCCGUACUGCCUGUAUCCGCCCCCUUCCGCGCCAGAUCUGCCCCGGGCCGUACUGCCUGUAUCCGCCCCCUUCCGCGCCAGAUCUGCCCCCGGGCCGUACUGCCUGUAUCCGCCCCCUUCCGCGCCAGAUCUGCCCCCCGGGCCGUACUGCCUGUAUCCGCCCCCUUCCGCGCCAGAUCUGCCCCCGGGCCGUACUGCCUGUAUCCGUCCCCUUCCGCGCCAGAUCUGCCCCCCGGGCCGUGCUGCCUGUAUCCGCCCCCUUCCGCGCCAGAUCUGCCCCCCGGGCCGUGCUGCCUGUAUCCGCCCCCUUCCGCGCCAGAUCUGCCCCCCGGGCCGUGCUGCCUGUAUCCGCCCCCCUUCCGCGCCAGAUCUGCCCCCCGGCCCGUGCUGCCUGUAUCCGCCCCCUUCCGCGCCAGAUCUGCCCCCCCGGGCCGUGCUGCCUGUAUCCGCCCCCUUCCGCGCCAGAUCUGCCCCCCGGGCCGUGCUGCCUGUAUCCGCCCCCUUCCGCGCCAGAUCUGCCCCCCGGGCCGUGCUGCCUGUAUCCGCCCCCUUCCGCGCCAGAUCUGCCCCCCGGGCCGUGCUGCCUGUAUCCGCCCCCUUUCCGCGCCAGAUCUGCCCCCCGGGCCGUGCUGCCUGUAUCCGCCCCCUUCCGCGCCAGAUCUGCCCCCGGGCCGUGCUGCCUGUAUCCGCCCCCUUCCGCGCCAGAUCUGCCCCCCGGGCCGUGCUGCCUGUAUCCGCCCCCUUCCGCGCCAGAUCUGCCCCCCGGGCCGUGCUGCCUGUAUCCGCCCCCUUCCGCGCCAGAUCUGCCCCCCGGGCCGUGCUGCCUGUAUCCGCCCCCUUCCGCGCCAGAUCUGCCCCCCGGGCCGUGCUGCCUGUAUCCGCCCCCUUCCGCGCCAGAUCUGCCCCCCGGGCCGUGCUGCCUGUAUCCGCCCCCUUCCGCGCCAGAUCUGCCCCCCGGGCCGUGCUGCCUGUAUCCGCCCCCUUCCGCGCCAGAUCUGCCCCCCGGGCCGUGCUGCCUGUAUCCGCCCCCUUCCGCGCCAGAUCUGCCCCCCGGGCCGUGCUGCCUGUAUCCGCCCCCUUCCGCGCCAGAUCUGCCCCCCGGGCCGUGCUGCCUGUAUCCGCCCCCUUCCGCGCCAGAUCUGCCCCCCGGGCCGUGCUGCCUGUAUCCGCCCCCUUCCGCGCCAGAUCUGCCCCCCGGGCCGUGCUGCCUGUAUCCGCCCCCUUCCGCGCCAGAUCUGCCCCCCGGGCCGUGCUGCCUGUAUCCGCCCCCUUCCGCGCCAGAUCUGCCCCCCGGGCCGUGCUGCCUGUAUCCGCCCCCUUCCGCGCCAGAUCUGCCCCCCGGGCCGUGCUGCCUGUAUCCGCCCCCUUCCGCGCCAGAUCUGCCCCCCGGGCCGUGCUGCCUGUAUCCGCCCCCUUCCGCGCCAGAUCUGCCCCCCGGGCCGUGCUGCCUGUAUCCGCCCCCUUCCGCGCCAGAUCUGCCCCCCGGGCCGUGCUGCCUGCCCGGGCGUAUCUGGGCAUCGCUCCUCCCAGAACCGGGUGUCGGCUGGGCUAA